CACAGGCGCAUAGAGCAUGCGCGGGGCGGGAGUGCGCGAAAUUCAAGCUCCAAGCUCCCCCCGGGGUAACUGGAACCCAGUCCGAGGGUCAUGGAGGCGUCCCGUAGGUUUCCGGAAGCCGAGGCCUUGAGCCCAGAGCAGGCUGCUCAUUACCUAAGAUAUGUGAAAGAGGCCAAAGAAGCAACUAAGAAUGGAGAUCUGGAAGAAGCAUUUAAACUUUUCAAUUUGGCAAAGGACAUUUUUCCCAAUGAAAAGGUGCUGAGCAGAAUCCAAAAAAUACAGGAAGCCUUGGAGGAGUUGGCAGAACAGGGAGAUGAUGAAUUUACAGAUGUGUGCAACUCUGGCCUGCUGCUUUAUCGAGAACUGCACGACCAACUCUUUGAGCACCAGAAGGAAGGCAUAGCUUUCCUCUAUAGGCUGUAUAGGGAUGGAAGAAAAGGUGGUAUAUUGGCUGAUGAUAUGGGAUUAGGGAAGACUGUUCAAAUCAUUGCUUUCCUUUCUGGUAUGUUUGAUGCUUCACUUGUGAAUCAUGUGCUGCUGAUCAUGCCAACCAAUCUUAUUAACACAUGGGUAAAAGAAUUCAUCAAGUGGACUCCAGGAAUGAGAGUCAAAACCUUUCAUGGUCCUAGCAAGGAUGAACGGACCAGAAACCUCAAUCGGAUUCAGCAAAGGAAUGGUGUCAUUAUCACUACUUAUCAAAUGUUAAUCAAUAACUGGCAGCAACUUUCAAGCUUUAGGGGCCAAGAGUUUGUGUGGGACUAUGUCAUCCUUGAUGAAGCACAUAAAAUAAAAACGUCAUCUACUAAGUCAGCAAUAUGUGCUCGUGCUAUUCCUGCAAGUAAUCGCCUCCUCCUCACAGGAACCCCAAUCCAGAAUAAUUUACAAGAACUAUGGUCCCUAUUUGAUUUUGCUUGUCAAGGGUCCCUGCUGGGAACAUUAAAAACUUUUAAAAUGGAGUAUGAAAAUCCUAUUACUAGAGCCAGAGAGAAAGAUGCUACCCCAGGAGAAAAAGCCUUGGGAUUUAAAAUAUCUGAAAACUUAAUGGCAAUCAUAAAACCCUAUUUUCUCAGGAGGACUAAAGAAGACGUACAGAAGAAAAAGUCAAGCAACCCAGAGGUCAGACUUAAUGAAAAGAAUCCAGAUGUUGAUGCCAUUUGUGAAAUGCCUUCCCUUUCCAGGAAAAAUGAUUUAAUUAUUUGGAUACGACUUGUGCCUUUACAAGAAGAAAUAUACAGGAAAUUUGUGUCUUUAGAUCAUAUCAAGGAGUUGCUAAUGGAGACGCGCUCACCUUUGGCUGAGCUAGGUGUCUUAAAGAAGCUGUGUGAUCAUCCUAGGCUGCUGUCUGCACGGGCUUGCUGUUUGCUAAAUCUUGGGACAUUCUCUGCUCAAGAUGGAAAUGAGGGGGAAGAUUCCCCAGAUGUGGACCAUAUUGAUCAAAUAACUGAUAACACAUUGAUGGAAGAAUCUGGAAAAAUGAUAUUCCUAAUGGACUUACUUAAGAGGCUGCGAGAUGAGGGACAUCAAACUCUGGUGUUUUCUCAAUCAAGGCAAAUUCUAAACAUCAUCGAACGCCUCUUAAAGAAUAGGCACUUUAAGACAUUGCGAAUUGAUGGGACGAUUACUCAUCUUUUGGAACGAGAAAAAAGAAUUAACUUAUUCCAGCAAAAUAAAGAUUACUCUGUUUUUCUGCUUACCACUCAAGUAGGUGGUGUCGGUUUAACAUUAACUGCAGCAACUAGAGUGGUCAUUUUUGACCCUAGCUGGAAUCCUGCAACUGAUGCUCAAGCUGUGGAUAGAGUUUACCGAAUUGGACAAAAACAGAAUGUUGUGGUUUAUAGGCUAAUCACUUGUGGGACUGUAGAGGAAAAAAUAUACAGAAGACAGGUUUUCAAGGACUCAUUAAUAAGACAAACUACUGGUGAAAAAAAGAACCCUUUCCGAUAUUUUAGUAAGCAAGAAUUAAGAGAGCUCUUUACAAUCGAGGAUCUUCAGAACUCUGUAACCCAGCUGCAGCUUCAGUCUUUGCAUGCUGCUCAGAGGAAAUCUGAUACAAAACUAGAUGAACACAUUGCCUACCUGCAGUCUUUGGGGAUAGCCGGAAUCUCAGACCAUGAUUUGAUGUACACAUGUGAUCUAUCUAUUAAAGAAGAACUUGAUGUGGUAGAAGAAUCUCACUAUAUUCAACAAAGGGUUCAGAAAGCGCAAUUCCUUGUUGAAUUUGAGUCUCAAAAUAAAGAGCUCCUGAUGGAACAACAAAGAAAUAGAAAUGAGGGGGCCUGGCUAAGAGAACCUGUAUUUCCUUCUUCAACAAAGAAGAAAUGCCCUAAAUUGAAUAAACCACAGCCUCAGCCUUCACCUCUUAUAAGUACUCGUCAUACUCAGGAAGAAGAUAUCAGUUCCAAAAUGGCAAGUGUAGUCAUUGAUGAUCUGCCCGAAGAGGGUGAGAAACAAGAUCUCUCCAGUAUAAAGGUUAAUGUUACCACCUUGCAAGAUGGUAGGCACCCAUAUGAAGGUACAUGUAGUGCUGACUCUAUAGCUACUUUACCCAAGGGGUUUGGAAGUGUAGAAGAACUUUGUACUAACUCUUCAUUGGGAAUGGAAAAAAGCUUUGCAACUAAAAAUGAAGCUGUACAAAAAGAGACAUUACAAGAGGGACCUAAGCAAGAGGCACUGCAAGAGGAUCCUCUGGAAAGUUUUAAUUAUGUACUUAGCAAAUCAACCAAAGCUGAUCUUGGGCCAAAUUUAGAUCAACUAAAGGAUGAUGAGAUUUUACAUCAUUGCAAUCCUUGGCCCAUUAGUUCCAUAACAAAUGAAAGUCAAAAUGCAGAAUCAAAUGUAUCCAUUAUUGAAAUAGCUGAUGACCUUUCAGCAUCCCAUAGUGCACUGCAGGAUGCUCAAGCAAGUGAGGCCAAGUUGGAAGAGGAACGUUUAGCAUCUUCACCACAGUAUGCAUGUGAUUUCAAUCUUUUCUUGGAAGACUCAGCAGACAACAGACAAAAUUUUUCCGGUCAGUCUUUAGAACAUGUUGAGAAAGAAAAUAGCUUGUGUGGCUCUGCACCUAAUUCCAGAGCAGGGUUUGUGCAUAGCAAAACAUGUCUCAGUUGGGAGUUUUCUGAGAAAGAUGAUGAACCAGAAGAAGUAGUAGUUAAAGCAAAAAUCAGAAGUAAAGCUAGAAGGAUUGUUUCAGAUGGCGAAGAUGAAGAUGAUUCUUUUAAAGAUACCUCAAGCACAAAUCCAUUCAACACAUCUCUCUUUCAAUUCUCAUCUGUGAAACAAUUUGAUGCUUCAACUCCCAAAAAUGACAUCAGUCCACCGGGAAGGUUCUUUUCAUCUCAAAUACCCAGUAGUGUAAAUAAGUCUAUGAACUCUAGAAGAUCUCUGGCUUCUAGGAGGUCUCUUAUUAAUAUGGUUUUAGACCACGUGGAGGACAUGGAGGAAAGACUUGACGACAGCAGUGAAGCAAAGGGUGCUGAAGAUUAUCCAGAAGAAGGGGCAGAGGAAAGCAGUGGCGAAGCCUCCAAGUAUACAGAAGAGGAUCCUUCAGGAGAAACACUGUCUUCAGAAAACAAGUCCAGCUGGUUAACGACAUCUAAGCCUAGUGCUCUAGCUCAAGAGACCUCUCUUGGUGCCCCUGAGCCUUUGUCUGGUGAACAGUUGGUUGGUUCUCCCCAGGCGGCAGAGGCUACGAAUGACUAUGAGACUCUUGUAAAGCGUGGAAAAGAACUAAAAGAGUGUGGAAAAAUCCAGGAGGCCCUAAACUGCUUAGUUAAAGCACUUGACAUAAAAAGUGCAGAUCCUGAAGUUAUGCUCUUGACUUUAAGUUUGUAUAAGCAACUUAAUAACAAUUGAGAAUGUAACCUGUUUAUUGUAUUUUAAAGUGAAACUGAAUAUGAGGGAAUUUUUGUUUCCAUAAUUGGAUUCUUUGGGAACAUGAAGCAUUCAGGCUUAAGGCAAGAAAGAUCUCAAAAAGCAACUUCUGCCCUGCAACACCCCCCACUCCAUAGUCUGGUAUUCUGAGCACUAGCUUAAUAUUUCUUCACUUGAAUAUUCUUAUAUUUUAGGCAUAUUCUGUAAAUUUAACUGUGUUGUUUCUUGGAAAGUUUUGUAAAAUUAUUCUGGUCAUUCUUAAUUUUACUCUGAAAGUGAUCAUCUUUGUAUAUAACAGUUCAGAUAAGAAAAUUAAAGUUACUUUUCUCAAGUGUUUUCCAUCCACUUUGUUUCACUGAGAUGAUACUGGCAGAAGCCUGUCAUUAUCAGUCCAGAUCUUAAGACAUGCUUGUGAACAUGCUGUUUCAUGUUUUCAGCUUAAUACAGGUGGAGCAUCCCUAAUCCAAAAAUGAGGAAACUUUCUGAGUGCUGACAUGAUGCCACAAGUGAGGAAAGUUCCAUACCUCAUGUCAUGUGACAUGUCACAGUCAAAAUGAAGGUGUAUAACACACUGUUUACUCAGCAUCCCCAAGGGAAAAGAGAUUCUGAACUUCGGACAUAGGACCCUAGCGCGCUAGCAAUAAAUCUCUCCGCUGUGACUUCCGUGUCGAGUGGUCUCUCGCGACGACCCCUGCCCAGGAAGGAAUCUAAAAACUAGGUUCCUACAUAUAACACACUGUUUACUCAGCAUCCCCAAGGGAAAAGAGAUUCUGUAAGCCCCCUUCAGCUACUAUAUAUCCUUUCCACACAGGCCCAGAUUCUCCCAUGCAAGCCUGCCUACAAAGGGCAAUAAAAUGGUUCAACAUACACAAACUUUGUUUCAAGCACAAAAUCAUUAAAAGUAAUUAUAAAAUUACCUUCAGACUUACGUAUAUAAUGUGUAUAUGAAACAUAAAUGGAUUUCGUGUUUAGACUUGGAUCCCAUCUCCAAAAUAUGUCAUUAUGUAUAUGGAAAUACUCCAAAAUCCAGAACACUUCUGAUCCCCAGCAUUUUGGAUAGAGUACUAAACUGGAACAGCAGAAAGCUGAGCUAGGUACCUGGUGCUGGGAUUCUUUAUCACUGGUAGCUUGCCCUGGAGUCACUGCUGACCAUUUAGCCAUUCUUAAUGCACCAUUAACUGUGUUCUCCCUUUCGCCAAACCAGGUAUCUUGUCUAUUCUGACACAUAUUAUCACAGUCUAUCUUGGAUUGUAGACUGAAAAGGAGUUUGGUACCCUUGUAGAAAGACAAAGUGCAGUAUAGCAUGCUGCACUCUAUCACUAGAGAAGUGGACUAUCCUUGAUGAAGUACUAUGUGUUGGGCACUCCACACAGGUUUCUCAUUUCAGCCUUACCAUAAUCCUUUGAGGUGAAGGGAGAGUAGCAUUUCCAUUUUUCAUUUGAGGAAACAGGCUCAGUGAGGUCAUGACUUCCCCAUGGUGACAUGGUUGGGGUGAAACUGAUUUUUAACCUUGUGUAAAUGAAUACACUAUAAUACACUGAGCUGUUUUUACUCACAACACUUCUGACACCAAAUGUGGGGGUUUUCCACAUCAAGCAAUUCUCCAGUUCUCCAAUUAAAAAUUGAACUGGUGUCCUACAAUUCAAUUUCGACACUACCCAGGGUUAGCAUGCUCAGUCCCACCAAACUGCCCUCGCUUCAGGUGUCAGUUGUAAGUAUUCGGUCCCCAUGUUAUCCACACUUCUGUCUGACUUGGCUACAAAUUAGGGGUUCCCGUGACCGCCCCAUCCCACCCCCUGGUUUAAUAAUUUGCUAGAAUAGCUUAUAAAACUCAGGAAACGUUUACUUACUAUUACCAGCUUAUAAAGACUACAACUCAGGAACAGCCAAAUGGAAGAGAUGUGUAUGGCAAGGUAUAGGGGUGGUGCAUUAAGCAUCCAUGCCCUCCAGGCACACUACCCUCCCAACAUUUUGAUAUGUUAAUCCAGGGAUCUCCAAACUCCAUUGUUAGGGUUUUUGAGGUUUCCUUAGGGAGGCAUGAUUGAUAAAAUAAUUGGCCAUGGGUGAUUCACUCAUCUUCAGCCCCUCUCCCCUCUCCAGAGGUUGCAGUUAUGGCUGAAUGUUCCCUCUGAUCAUGCCUUGAUGUUUCUGGUGACCAGCCCCCAUUCUGAAGCUACUAGCGGCCUCCAGCCACAAGCUAUCUCAUUAGCAUAAAAAAUACACCAGUUGAGAUUUCAAGGCUUUCAGGAACUAUAUGCCAGGAACCAGGGACAAAGACCAAAUAUUUAUUUUUAUUAUAUCCCAUACAUAUAAAAGUUACUUGUAAAUUAUAUGUAUAUACACACUAAUAAUCUCAUGUGUAUUGCAAGAAAUUACAUAAGUUCAAAAGAGAAGCUGAAUUUCAGGUUGUUGAUGGAACAAAAUAUUGUUCUUAUAAAAGCAAUUUAUUACUAUUUUAGGGUAAUGUGAUUGAAUAUAUAUCAUUAUUUUUGAAAUAUUGGUGUAACUGUGAUUUAGCAAUUCACAGUCUGCAUCUGAGUUCAGCUUACCAUUUCCCUGUGCUUCCCACCGUGAUGUGAAGGGAGUGGCUGUGCCCUACAUCUUUUUCUGUCCCUUCUACCACACACAAAAAUGUUUGUGAAAAUUCAGCUAAUAAACUUCUUUCUUCCCUGAUGUAGAAAACAAAAAAUCCACACAAUUUACCUUCAAGGAAGCUUUAGCGGCCUAUAUCCAUUUGAUCUGAGCAGUGAAACGUCUUAAGUUCUAGGAAUAUUUCUCACUGAAAAUAGCAACACUCUUUCUGUUGAAGUGUGUGUGUACUAUGACAAAUUCUGUUGUCUGGGGAAAAAAAUACAUGCUCAUGGUAAACUAUUCAAACAGUAUCCAUGGCAGGGAUUUUUAACCUGGGGUUCAUGGGUAGAAGAAGUCAGUUGUCUGAAUUUGGAUGGAAAAAAAGUUUUAUCUUUUCUCUGUCUGGUAGCUGAAAUACAGCAUUUCCCUCCAUCAUGAAUGUGAAGCAGGAAAAUAGGGUCUGGAGGCAGGGAACAUAAAGCCGAUUCACACUAAAGCUAUGACAGGAAAUAUCCUCUCCACAGGGCAUAGGCCAAGUAAAUGACUUUGUAACUUCACUUCAUCCUUUCCAUUUACAUAGGGCGUACCCCAAGUAACCAAUGGAAUCCUCUAGGGGGUAUUUAAACUCCCCAGAAUUCUGUAACAGGGUCUUUUGAGCUCCUAUGCUGUGGAGUGUAGUUUCGUUUUCAAUAAAUCCCUUUGUCCCUUC